UAAGCGUUUCACUGUUAGUCUACACCUGCUUUUACGAAGCAUGUGAUGAAUAACAUUUGAUUUGAAUUAUGCCUAACCCUCUUGGAUAGCAUUCAGGCAAAUAUGGCUUACGUGGGGAGGUUACUUAUUACAUGCGCAGUACGCAAGUUCUGUAGUAUUCUCUGAGUGAGGAGACUGCAGCAUGUCUGUAGCACAUAGUAUGACCCUGAUUGCCUGCAUUGCAGUCUGUGUCUGCACUGGCUUGCCCCCUUGUGGCUGUUUUAAAACAUUGCACUACAUUGCAACAACUGCAUGAGAACUAGGCAGAUCUGUAAUAGCACAACAGUAACAGAUUGAAGCGCUAUAUGAUGAAUUAAUAUCCACUGUAAUGAUAUUAGAAUGUCUUCUAUUGUAUUCCAUUUUUUAUUUGAUUUAUUAGGAUCCCCAUCAGCCAACGCCGAUGACUACAGUCUUAGUUGGGUCCUACACAUAACAAAAAAUAUAUUAGACAAAAGACACAUUUUGCAUUAAAAGAUGAUGAUUUUAUGAUUUGGAAAGUGGCAACAUAACUCAAUGUAACUAUAGUAUAUAGAUGUAUAUAGUCAUGGAAGAGCACUGAAAAUUACUUUUAUGACCAGUAGAGAAGAGUGAGAAUGAAGAGAAUGAACCUGUUAUGGUCGGUAUAGAAUGAAGAGAAUGAACCUGUUAUGGUUGGUAUAGAAUGAACCUGUUAUGGUCGGUAGAGAAUGAACCUGUUAUGGUCGGUAUAGAAUGAACCUGUUAUGGUCGGUAUAGAAUGAACCUGUUAUGGUCGGUAUAGAAUGAAGAGAAUGAACCUGUUAUGGUCGGUAUAGAAUGAACCUGUUAUGGUCGGUAUAGAAUGAAGAGAAUGAACCUGUUAUGGUAGGUAUAGAAUGAACCUGUUAUGGUCGGUAUAGAAUGAAGAGAAUAAACCUGUUAUGGUCGGUAGAGAAUGAAGAGAAUGAACCUGUUAUGGUCGGUAUAGAAUGAAGAGAAUGAACCUGUUAUGGUCGGUAGAGAAUGAAGAGAAUGAACCUGUUAUGGUCGGUAUAGAAUGAACCUGUUAUGGUCGGUAUAGAAUGAAGAGAAUGAACCUGUUAUGGUCUGUAUAGAAUGAAGAGAAUGAACCUGUUAUGGUCGGUAUAGAAUGAAGAGAAUGAACCUGUUAUGGUAGGUAUAGAAUGAACCUAUUAUGGUCGGUAUAGAAUGAACCUGUUAUGGUCGGUAUAGAAUGAACCUGUUAUGGUCGGUAUAGAAUGAAGAGAAUGAACCUGUUAUGGUCGGUAUAGAAUGAAGAGAAUGAACCUGUUAUGGUCGGUAUAGAAUGAAGAGAAUGAACCUGUUAUGGUCGGUAUAGAAUGAAGAGAAUGAACCUGUUAUGGUCGGUAGAGAAUGAAGAGAAUGAACCUGUUAUGGUCGGUAUAGAAUGAAGAGAAUGAACCUGUUAUGGUCGGUAUAGAAUGAAGAGAAUGAACCUAUUAUGGUCGGUAGAGAAUGAACCUGUUAUGGUCGGUAGAGAAUGAACCUGUUAUGGUCGGUAUAGAAUGAAGAGAAUGAACCUGUUAUGGUCUGUAUAGAAUGAAGAGAAUGAACCUGUUAUGGUCGGUAUAGAAUGAAGAGAAUGAACCUGUUAUGGUCGGUAUAGAAUGAAGAGAAUGAACCUGUUAUGGUAGGUAUAGAAUGAACCUAUUAUGGUCGGUAUAGAAUGAACCUGUUAUGGUCGGUAUAGAAUGAAGAGAAUGAACCUGUUAUGGUCGGUAGAGAAUGAAGAGAAUGAACCUGUUAUGGUCGGUAUAGAAUGAAGAGAAUGAACCUGUUAUGGUCGGUAUAGAAUGAAGAGAAUGAACCUAUUAUGGUCGGUAGAGAAUGAACCUGUUAUGGUCGGUAGAGAAUGAACCUGUUAUGGUCGGUAUAGAAUGAAGAGAAUGAACCUGAGUCAGAUGUGGCUCACAGGUGUCUUCCUUGAUCAAUGAUCUUGUGCAUUAUUCUUUUGAUGCCACUGUGUUGAUGUUUUCUCCCCCCCCCCUGCUAGCAGGUCCCCUGUGUGUGAUGCCCUCUUGCUAGCAGGUCCCCUCCCAGAGUGUGAUGCAUCAUGGCUCCGGUGCUCAGUGCCUUGUUAGGGCCGAGGGUCGCGGGGUCAGGGGUCGCCAUGUCGACAUUGUUAGGCAGCGAGCCGCUGGUCCUAGUGGUCACCCUGAUGGCCAUCUCUGCCAUCGUGCUGCUCUCACUGCUACUGCAGCUGUGUGCCAGCUGCCAGGGGCAAAAUAAAUCCAAUGGCCGCCCAGGAGACCAUGAGAACCUCAUGAAUGGAGUGUCUGAGAGAGAGACGUUUACCGGAAGUCAAUCUGUGGACAGCCCAGGGACUGACCUAGUGGUGAGCAGUUCACACAACGGCCCACUAACCAGUGGUACAGUGUUGACAGACACCCAGGACAGCAGUCCCCAGCCCUCUGAAGAGAUGCUGUCCAGCCAGUCAGAGCUGCGGAGCUCCAAGUGUCCCCAGGACCGCGAGCUUCCCAGCAUCCCACCCAACAGCUCCCUGGAGGGGAUGGGAUCCUCCAGCCAACCCCCUCUACCCGUCUCCGGAGACGGCACCUACGAGGUGGUGAAGGAGAGAGGCGGCAUCUUAACGGCGUCCCGUGAUGUGAGCGUUGAAGACUCCCUCUACGAGACGGUCAAAGAGCUGAAGGACCAUCCAGGGAGCCUGGCUGUAGGUAUACCCAACGGACACGGUACUACGUCCCCCUUCAGCCCCGAUGACGACCCUCACCACCGCCACAACCCCCUACCCCCUUCCCACCACCGUCCAGCCCUCCACAAUGGCCACCUCAGCCCCUGCAGCACCCCAGAGCGGGGGCCCCUGUGCGCGGGAGUGGAGUACGCCUCGGUGGAUCUGAACAAGAAGAGCCGUUACAGUGCAGACCUGGAGGCCAGGCGCUCAGCCACCAUCACUGCUGCUGUGAGCCCCCCAGAGGAGCCCGAGGAGGAGGACAGACCCCCGCCUGUACCUGACAAGGUGCUGGAUGAGAACGACAACCAGCCUACCAUGAUGGACGCAGGAGGGGUGGUGGUAAUAGGGGCAGCACUUCACAAUGGAGAGUUGCUCUCUCCCUCACCGGGGCUUCACAACCAUGUGCUGUUGGAGAACGAGCUGUCAGACAUAUACUCCACAGUGAGGAAGACACACCUAGACGUGGAGGAGAAGGAGAGUGACUACAGCAGCAUCGCUGAGAUCAAAGGUCUGGUCCCUGAGUCGUCCUCCAGUGAUCUCUACGCUACUGUCAGGGACAUCUACCCCCAGCUCGGAGAGGGGGAGUCAGACCCACAGGGACCCCCUGGGGACCUCCAGGAGUCCCCUGCAGAGAGCAUCGACCCGGGCUACGAGAACGUCUGCCUCACUAAGACUGGCAAUGGAGAGGACUUGGGGCUGAGGAACCAGGUUCAGGAGCCAGACUAUGAGAGUGUAGGUGAGCUGGGCCUGGGGUUGAACAGGGAGAGUUCCCGUCUCUAACUGGGUAGUAAAGCUACAGUGCGGGGCCUAAAUCUGAGCCUCUGGGGCCUCACCCUCAACCCCAGCAGUUAGCCUAACUCCUAGCCUCAGAUUCAACCCCAGCCAUUAGCCUAACUCUUAGCAUCACCCUCAACCCCAGCCAUUAGCCUAACUCCUAGUCUCACCCUCAACCCCAGCCAUUAGCCUAACUCCUAGCCUCACCCUCAACCCCAGCCAUUAGCCUAACUCCUAGCCUCACCCUCAACCCCAGCCAUUAGCCUAAUUCCUAGCCUCACCCUCAACCCCAGCCAUUAGCCUAACUAAUAGUCUCACCCUCAACCCCAGCCAUUAGCCUAACUCCUAGCCUCACCCUCAACCCCAGCCAUUAGCCUAACUCCUAGUCUCACCCUCAACCCCAGCCAUUAACCUAACUAAUAGCCUCACCCUCAACCCCAGCCAUUAGCCUAACUCCUAGCCUCACCCUCAACCCCAGCCAUUAGCCUAAAUAGUCUCACCCUCAACCCCAGCCAUUAGCCUAGCUAAUAGUCUCAGCCUCAACCCCAGCCAUUAGCCUAACUCCUAGCCUCACCCUCAACCCCAGCCAUUAGCCUAACUCCUAGCCUCACCCUCAACCCCAGCCAUUAGCCUAACUAAUAGUCUCACCCUCAACCCCAGCCAUUAGCCUAACUCCUAGCCUCAGAUUCAACCCCAGCCAUUAGCCUAACUCUUAGCAUCACCCUCAACCCCAGCCAUUAGCCUAACUCCUAGUCUCACCCUCAACCCCAGCCAUUAGCCUAACUCCUAGCCUCACCCUCAACCCCAGCCAUUAGCCUAACUCCUAGCCUCACCCUCAACCCCAGCCAUUAGCCUAACUCCUAGCCUCACCCUCAACCCCAGCCAUUAGCCUAACUCCUAGCCUCACCCUCAACCCCAGCCAUUAGCCUAACUCCUAGCCUCACCCUCAACUCCAGCCAUUAGCCUAACUAAUAGUCUCACCCUCAACUCCAGCCAUUAGCCUAACUAAUAGUCUCACCCUCAACCCCAGCCAUUAGCCUAACUCUUAGCCUCACCCUCAACCCCAGCCAUUAGCCUAACUAAUAGUCUCACCCUCAACUCCAGCCAUUAGCCUAACUAAUAGUCUCACCCUCAACCCCAGCCAUUAGCCUAACUAAUAGUCUCACCCUCAACCCCAGCCAUUAGCCUAACUCGUAGCCUCACCCUCAACCCCAGCCAUUAGCCUAACUAAUAGUCUCACCCUCAACCCCAGCCAUUAGCCUAACUAAUAGUCUCACCCUCAACCCCAGCCAUUAGCCUAACUAAUAGUCUCACCCUCAACCCCAGCCAUUAGCCUAACUCUUAGCCUCACCCUCAACCCCAGCCAUUAGCCUAACUCUUAGCCUCACCCUCAACCCCAGCCAUUAGCCUAACUAAUAGUCCCACCCUCAACCCCAGCCAUUAGCCUAACUCCUGACCUCACACUCAGUGCUAACCAUUAGACUAACUCCAGCUUCACCCUCAACCCCAGCCAUUAGCCUCACUACUAGCCUCAACUUUACCCAGCAGCCCUGAUGACAGGAACACCACCUCAGGGCUCUGAACUUCAACCUUCAACCCUACUGCCCAUCAUCACCAAUUCAGGGUUUCUGCCCACUACCCCCUCAGUGCAGUUUGGGUGUGCCCACAGCCCAGCGAUAUCUGACUGAAUUAGCUAUAAUCUUAACUCUCCAUCAAUUCAUGGGGCCCUUAAAUUACAAUGUGCGUACUCUGGGUGCUAUCAAAUCAGUAUCUGAACUAUGAAAUCACCGUCCGUUUUCAAGUUAUUGGCAUCCGUCCACUUUGUGAUGUUGCUUCUCACUCUGUAUCAUGGUGCACAUCACAUCACUGAAGAUUGAAGGUUAGCUACAUUAUCAACGACUGCUAUCAAUGUGGGAAGGAAGGCCAAUAUUUCUACAUUAUCCAUCACCAUCAUAAUUACUUCCUCAGACUAUAAAAUAGUACAUUUAUAAACAUUUAUAACCAGUCAUUACGAAUUCAGUUCAUUUUACAAGGCUGGUGACAAGCUGACUGGCCAGUGACACUUUGUCAGUGCCUUGUGAUUUGAGUUUUUGUGCCAUAAUGUCGUUCUAUAAGGCACUUAUAAAGGUAUGAGUAGAAUGUUUCCCCACAAUGUAAUGUCACUUUUUAUAUAAUCUGUUCUCCCUUCCUAGUGCAUCAUUUCAUUCAGAACAUCAUGAUAAAUCAGAGAUAUGAUAGAUAUGUGUACUUACAUACUAUUGUGAAAUAAGUAGCCUCAAGUCAGGCAGUUUAGACGGCUGAACUCGAAAUGGAACGGCUUCUUUUAGUUUCUAAAACAUUUUUUAUUUGAUUUACGUCAACUUUUUUUAAUUUAAAAAAAUCAAAUUCCUAUUUAUUUGAAGAUGGUGGAUCAUUGUGUGAUUAAGGGAUAUCAGGAAGUGUGUUUGUUCAUGAGGGAAACUUGAAAAGGUUUUGCUCUGUACAUAGGAUAAACAAAUGAAUAAGUGGGUUACCAUGGUAAUAAAGUAGUAAAGGUACUCAUGAAUAAUCCAGACUUUUUAAAAAGGACUUAUUCAUUCAAACAAAAGACGAACAAUGGUGAGACCAUAUCUAUCAAUGUUGUUGUGAAUUGUUGUUUUCUCUAUAUUUCUUCACAUGAUUCAAAAUGUAUUUAAAAUACUUAUAUUCGCUCAAUGUGACAAUAUGCAACAGCAAACCGGUGUGUUAAUGCAGCUGUAUUGAUCAAGGUGUAUAAUAUGUGUUUGUAUGGCGUGUUUAUGCUUACCCUGUAGGUACGUAUACUAUUGAUACGGUGGAAAAGGAUUUUAAAGCACAAAGUGUCAAAAAACAUUAUGCUACUGCUUCUGUACAGAGCUUAUAGCAACAACAUCAUACAUACAUACAUAUAACCCAUCAUGUGCACAAUUAUAAUAUCAAAUGCUUCUAACUUAACUAUUUGAACAAGCACUAUUAAGGUAGCAUGUGCUGAUGACACGCUAACCGAGGGUUGUAUAAAGUUAGAGUACGAUUUCAUUAAGUCGGCUAAUGUAUGAAUUUGCAAAUGGUAAAGUAUAUUUUGUAGUAUGUAUGCAUGUGAUUUGGACUGCUUAAUAGUGGCUAUAAAAGCACAUAGAGGACAGUAAAACCAUGAUGUCAUUUUAAGGGAAUACAUUUAGGCUAGCUGUAAGUAUGCCCCUUACUCAGAGAGUGACCUAACUAUUGUUGAAAAUAUAGUGAUUGAUUGAAUUGUGGCGUAUAACAGUUUGGGAGUUCUGUAUUCUGUUUUAAUAGGACACCAUCUCAUUGGUUAUUUUGUUCUGUUGUUUUAUUCAAGUAUGGUACAUUGUGUUGGUACAGGUGUUUUAAAACAGAAAAGUCAAAGUUGGUACUUUUUAUUUUUUUUAAAGAAAAGUGAAUGAAUAUUGUUGUUUGGUGUUUAUUUUCAAACUAACUGAGUAAGUUGUGACUAGCUAUUGCAAUGAUGAUAUCUGCAUUUGACAGUUAAACAAUAAUACUAUCUUACUUUUCCUCCCAUUUCUCUGUUAUCUCAAUAUUGCACAUUAUUGGUGUAUGCAGAGUGAGUGAGUGGAUUUCAUUACACAUGCAUGAGCUUGAAUGAGCUUCUUGACGACAAACCAAGCGCGCAGGUUGACUGAUAUUAUAUUCACAAAUGAAAUCCAGGAAGGAGAGAAAGGACAGUUCCCACUAAAUUAGCAACAAUUGAUAGACACAUUAAAGAUGCUAUACAUUUCAGAUAUCCUAUAAAGCAAGGGCCCUGCAUAUGAGGUUUUUCACACAUUUUAUAGAGUGUAAUUGUCAUUUCAUUAAUGUUAAAUCGCAAAAACAUGACCUUUUAAUGACCAUUGUUCUCCCUAACAGAUUCCAGAUUAGUUCAUGUAGCAGGAAAUGCUUUCAUUUAAACCUAAUGGUGUCUAUGGAAAUGCCAUAAAAGGCUUUUAACAAACGGUCUGUCAAAUAGGAACAUUAGUGCCAAAUCUCACAACCAAAGGUACCACACACAGACGAGCGUACGCACACACACUCAUACAGGAGGGAGUGGGUUGUGGGGGGCAAGCAUGAAGAGGAAGUCCAUCAUAGCACCCUCUCAUUCAGCCCACUCUAAUAAUGAGACAAUACAUUCUCAACAAGCAGCAGAGAAUUCCUUACCAUUGUCUUUCAUUAUGGACACUGUGUCCCAAAUGGCACCCUAUUGUCUCCGUAGGUCACUACUUUUGAACAGUCAAAAGUAUUGCACUAAUAAAUACUAUAGGUAUAGGGAAAAGGGUGCCAUUUGGGAUGCAGCCAGAGCCAUGCUUUCUUUGACAGUUAUGUGCACAUCUGUCAUAAGAUUCUAUCUGGUUUCCUGUGUAUGCAUGAACAUAUUUUAUGACCAUAAUUUGAAAAUAUUAAAAGAUGUAUAACAAGUAA